AUGGGGCAAUUCGCUGAUUUUUUGGUGAAACUUAGAAAUAUUGGAGGCUAUCAACAGUCGAUUCCACUAAUUUGCAAUGCUUCUCUGCCGGCAAAAGAAGACGACCCAUGGGAAGAUGAUUUCGAACGUGAUGAAUCUGAAAUGGCUCCAAGCAUGCACGUAGAUCUUCCGAUGCUGCCGCAAUUGAGCCUGUUCGACGAUUAUACGUACCGGAACGUGACUCCGCAGUUUUUUGAGUUGAUGGUUGCGGGAGAUACGUUCCGUUUCGCUCAUCCACCUGCUCAUCGGCUUGAAAUCCGCGCUAAAAGGUACCAAUUGCCACGGAUUCCGGACGACAAGGUCACGAACCUGAUCAUUCCGGGCGUCAUGCUGCAGGGAAAUCACAGACGACAUCAAUGGCCGGACCUAUUUGAGGUCGACCUCUAUAUGGAAUUUGCAAACGGUGGUCCGAGCGGUGCUGGACCGCUUAUCGCUGAACUUCGCGCUCAGGGAUAUGUCGUGAUU